AUGGCGGCUAUUGCUUCAAUUUCUUUCCACGGAGUCACUCAAUCAUCAUCCGAAAGAAAAAUCUGUCUCCCAUCUCCAUCUCCAUCUCGCUCUUCUGUUUCAAAUUUCGAUUCGAUUAGGGUUCGUACAACCUUCUCAUUUCGUUCCAUAAGCAUUCGUCCUUCGAAAUCGAGUUCUCGCUUUGCAGUUCACUGCAUGUCUACAGGAUCAGAAGCACCACCAGUCUCUGAGACAAAAUUAAAAUUCCUCAAAGCUUACAAACGCCCAAUACCAAGCAUCUACAACAGUGUGCUGCAAGAACUAAUUGUACAACAACAUCUAAUGCGAUACAAAAAGACCUAUAGAUAUGAUCCAGUGUUCGCUUUGGGCUUUGUUACUGUUUAUGAUCAACUCAUGGAAGGAUACCCAAGUGAUGAAGAUCGAGAAGCCAUCUUCCAAUCCUAUAUCAAUGCCCUAAACGAAGACCCACAACAAUACAGGGCUGAUGCAGAGAGAUUGGAAACGUGGGCUCGUGCCCAAAACUCUAGUUCAUUGGUUGAUUUUUCAUCUAAAUCAGGAGAAAUUGAGGACUUGUUGAAGGAUAUUGCAGAAAGAGCAGGGGGUAAUGGAAGUUUCAGCUACAGUCGAUUCUUUGCUGUUGGCUUGUUUCGCCUUCUUGAAUUAGCAAAUGCAACAGACCCCACUGUUUUGGAAAAGCUUUGUGCAGCACUUAAUAUCAACAAAAGAAGUGUUGAUAGGGAUCUUGAUGUAUACCGUAAUCUCCUCUCAAAGCUUGUUCAAGCGAAAGAGCUUCUAAAAGAAUACGUUGCGAGGGAGAAGAAGAAGCAAGCAGAAAGAGCGGAACCUCAAAAGGCUAAUGAAGCGGUUAAAAGUUUCUUAGCAGAAAAUUACGACACAAGAAAGUAG